AAAAAAACCAUCAGGAAGUUCUACACGGCAAUCGGUGGAAAGAAACGCACCUUCAUUGGAAAUAAAGGCUUUGUUCUUGAGAAAAAGCUACCUGGCGUACAAGAAAAUACAUUCUGUAAGUCUACCACUCGGUAUAAAUUCAGGACAAACUAUUUCCAAUGGCAGAGUAUAACUUUAUGGCUUAACUUUAAGAACAUCAGCAAAGAGAAAGGGAAUGUUUAAUGACUUCACCAUGGGUCUAGCUAGUAUAAUAAAGACAUUAAUGGCAAUAAUAUUUUACAUCAAAUCUUUUGUGGCAGCUAUUUCCCUUGUUGAAUUUCCUGGUAGAGUCGUGGUAAAGCCGGCUCCUGUCUUCUUGGUGGGUUCAAACAUUUCAAUCACCUGUGUGACUGGGAACCAGCAGUGUAAUAUCAAUGAAUUUAAACUUGAUAUUAAUAGAAAAACAGUACAAAUGAAGCGCUUUAAUAAUACUGCAGCUCAUCACUGGAUAACCAACGUUACGACCCAUAACUCCGUAAUAACCUGCUACGUUCAGUGCAUUGAUGGGACCGACAUGUUGGUUUGUAGAGCAGACCUUCAAUCUGGUUACCCACCAGGCCAGCCAAGAGAUCUGAAGUGUGUUUGGAGAAAAAACUACAUGCAAUGUAUGUGGAAAGCAGGGAAAAAGACAUUUCUAGCAACACGAUAUACUCUCCAUGUCCAAAGUGUGAAAACUGGCAAAGAACAAAGAUUUCCAGCAGAAUCCAGAACCAGCAAUGUCACUGUCCCCAGACACCAUCUUAAAGACGCCUUGGUAUACAAGGUUUGGGUGCAAGCUGUGAAUGCAUUAGGAAAUGCAACGUCCAAGAGGUUGACUUUUGAGCUCAAUGAUAUAGUUGUGCCUGACACUCCGGAAAUCAUAAAAGCUGAAUUUAUAAACAAUUCAUCAUGCAAGGCUAUUAUUCACUGGAAAAAAUCAACACCAAGUGCAAAAUGUGAUGUUGAAGUGAAAUAUAAAGUAACUUCAGAGCCAGAAAUCAGCUGGACUCGGAUUGCUAAGAGUAAUAUCACCGGCAAUUCGAGCUAUCUCAGCCAUUGUGAACCCUUCAGAGAAUAUGAAUUUCAGAUCCGCUGCAUCCGUGUUCAAGGCUAUAAGUACAGCAGUGAGUGGAGUAGGUCAUUCAUCACCAAAACCCCUGAGGCAGAACCAGUGGGAGUUUUAGAUGCAUGGAGUUUACAUGAGCCAGCCUAUCUGAACAAACAUAGAAAAAUAAUCAUCUGCUGGAAGCCUCUCCGCCAUCCUCAGGAAACAAGGGGAAUUAUUCUGGGUUAUCAUCUUUAUUAUCUACAAAAUGGACAGAGAAAAUUCAUCCAGCAGAAUGUAACAGAAACCCAGUACAGCUGGAGAACACCCUGGGAAUCAGACACGGUCUUCAUCACCGCAUUUAACUCCAAAGGAAACACAACACCCUCAGUUCUCCACAUAGGAGAAGCAAAACUAAAGGCUCCCAGAAACCUGAAGGUGGAACGGGCUAAAGACUUCGGAGUACUUGUCAAAUGGGAGCCACCAGAUGAAACCAGUGAGCCAGUACUAGGCUAUGUAGUCGACUGGAUAGAAGCUACAAACAGAGACAAGGAGCUGCUUAGUUGGAAGAGACUUCCUAGAGCAAAUCUUUCUUUGUUUAUAGCACAGACUUCUUCAUCUCAGGACUUUCUAACAGAAGAAAGAGGCGUUAUGCCAAGAAAACGCUACAAUAUUUCUGUCACUGCAGUCUACCAGAAUGGACGAGGAAGAUCUAGCUUAGUCCAGGGAUAUUCAGUAGAAGGAAAACCUACAAUGGGACCAAAUGUUUCAUUGAUGAAAUUGGAUGGACCACAAGUUCAAAUAAAAUGGGAGGAGAUUCCACUCGAACAACGGCAAGGGUUUAUCAUAGGCUAUACUAUAUAUGUGAAAAGAGGUUCAGAUGGAUCCAGCCUUGUUCCAUAUAAUAUCACCAACAUUGCUACGAGGAGCUAUUGGCUGACACUUGAAUUUGACAUGGUUUACACCAUUCAUAUGACUGCCACAACAUCUGCAGGAGAAGGGGAAAAGGGAACAGAGAUACCCAUCAAACUUGAAUAUUAUGGCAUUGCUCUGCCACUGCAGCUAAGCCUGGGAAUAAGCAUUCCAACAGCCUUCCUUUUGGCUCUAACGCUUGCAAAAUCAGUCAGGAAAAGAAUUAAAACAACAUUGAAAGUGUUUUUGCCUGGCUGGGUUCAUGAAGAAUUUCCAGAUGUGGAAAACAGCAAAGUGGCUAAAGGACUGGAGAAGAAAGAUGAAUAUCCCUUUCCACGCUCUCCAAUGCAUCGGAUGUACAAUGAUCCACCAAUAACAGAGGUGCAGGAAGCUUUGCUACCAAAAAGCAACAGAAACUCAAUCCAGAACUUUAAUGAAAAUUUGAAUCACGAAAUAGACCAAGGAGAUUUUAAGAUUCAUAUAUUGGACACUCCAGAAGUCCAAAAUUCUGAUGAGUGUCAAAUAAUUGAGGAAGUUGAAAUUGGCUACAAGCCUCAAAGCUCUGUGUGUCAGGUGCCAACUUUAUCACAUAAUGAAGACCAAUCCAUUCGAAAGGAUGAGAUUGCUCAAGAUGAGGAGUACAAAGGCUUCAACAUUCCAGUGUUUCACGGAGUAGCAGAUAUUUCCACCAUUGUGGAUACAAGCAUUGAUUUGAGCUCAGGCCAUAGAGGGGCACCAGAACCUUUAAAGUACUUGCUUAGGAGAGAAGAGACUCACUUCCCACUUAUUGAACAUCAUGGAAUGUAUGCGACUGAGAGCUUACCUCAAGAACAAACUCUGCUUCCAGAUGAACUCGUCGAUUGUCUACUACACCUGGAAGAAAACUCCACUGGUUUCAAAUCUUACUUUCCCCAGAUUGUGGCUAUUCAAUGACACUGCUUAAGUAGAUGCCAAAUUCUGUGUUUUACCUCGAGACUCUAAAAGUUGGAUUUUCUUUUAAAUUGGUAAAAAAAAGUCUAUGAGCCAUUUAAUUUAGAUUGUACAUAGAAGAUAUGGGUUGGAGUAUAACAGUCUGAAGUCUUCAAAAAAGUAAGAAAAGCAAAUAAUUUAUCUUUUGUUCUUCACUGAAUAAGUGUGGAAUAAAAAACAAUACAGACAAAAUGCUGGAGAAACUCAGCAGGUCAGGCAGCAUCUGUGAAAGUAAAUAAACUCUCGGCGUUUCAGACCGAGACCCUUCUUCGGGACUGAAGUGUGGAAUGAGCUGCUAGUAAACACAGUUAAUUUUACAUUAAGCACACUGCCUUCCCCACCCCUCAUCUCUGCAUGGAAAAUCUCUGAGAACAAACAGAACUAACAAAUUCAAGGUUAAGGGCUGAUAUAAAUGGUCAGAAUUUCUAAGGGCAUGAUGCUUAUUGUGAUUCUUUGGUCCAUGAGUAUGCUAAAUGUGCCCUGUUAAAAUGGCAUUGGAUGCAGGUUUAGAUUAGUAUCCCUUGAAUUUAAUAUUAAUAUAACCUCUUGAUCAAAUAAAGCAAUGGGAAUAGAGGUUGAUUUGAAUAUUAUGAUAUACUGUAAUUACUCGGUUUUCUUCCACUGUAUCUGAAAAAUACUGAUUUCUCAAAUCAACACUUUUUUCAAUUCCAUGUGUCCACAAAUAUGCGUUCAAUAUGCUAUCCUGGAAAUACUGGUUUUGUGCUAAGUAGCCACACAGUUGUGAUAUUGAACUAGUAACCCAGAGCACCAGUUAAUGACAUAUUGUGGUAUUAAAAUCACUUGGGAAUUUGUGUGUUAAUACUAGAA